ACAUGAACUCAUGAAUCACAAUAAUCUCCAUAAUGACUCAAACUGAGCUAUGCUCUGCAGUGUAAUCUAUGAGAAAGGAUGCAAGGAAGGAUCCAAAAGAACUAAAUCAAAUGCAGCAGAUGGAGAUGUCAGGGCCAGGCGCCAACAGGCGAAUGCUCAAGAGGAGGUUCUGGGGACGAGUGCGCCAGCGAUGGAAGCUCCUUGGUGUGUUUGAAAUCGACCAGCAGCAUGAGUUCUACAGCCUCACCUGCAUAAUGAAGGAGGGUCUGGCUGCUGCUGUGCAGAAUACUAUCGACAACCCAAUACCUGAUGAACUCUCAGAAGAUGAUUACCAACUUGAGGUGACGCAAGUCCAUAAGGACUUCAUAAUGGAAACGCUUGCUGGGCCGGUGUUUGCCAGCCUGCGCCGCUCUCUAGGCAUGACUGAGAAAGAGUAUCAGCAUUCCCUGUCCUCUGAAGGCUGCUACUUGCAAUUCAUCAGCAAUUCCAAGAGCAAAGCUGACUUCUUUCUAACAAAUGAUAAACGCUUCUUCUUGAAGACUCAGAGCAGAAGAGAGGUCCGAUUUCUUCUGUCUCAUUUAAAGAUCUACAUGAAACAUAUGGAGAAGUACCCACAUUCCCUUCUGGUUAAAUUCUUAGGUGUUCACACAAUCAGAAUCCCACAUCAGAAGAAGUUGUACUUUAUAGUGAUGCAGAGCGUCUUUUAUCCUGAUGAAAGAAUAAUCGGCAGGUAUGAUAUUAAGGGCUGCCAGGUGAGUCGGUGGACGGACCCAUCACCAGAGGGGAGCCAGGUCAUCAUUGUUCUUAAGGAUCUUAAUUUUGAGGGACAGUUUAUAACAUUAGACCAGCAGCGACCCUGGUUGCUGCGUCAGAUGCAAAUUGACACUGCAUUCUUGCGGACGCUGAAUGUUAUAGACUACAGUUUCCUGCUGGCCCAUCAGCCCCUGCACCAAGACGAGCGCAACCCCAGCCUUUCUUUUGCCACCCUCAUCAUGCGUACCAAGAAAUCCUUCACUUUGCUCUCCAAACGGCCAGUAACAGGCAGAUCAGUAAAUUCAGGCUCCAGUGCCACUGUUCCAGAAGCAGUCCCUGAUGAUGACUUAACCCCACCAGCAUACAAAUCUAAACACAGUAAGAAGUCCACUACAGUUGAACCAGAAUCAGACGAAUUGCGGGACUUUCAGGCCCAGAACCGGCGACUGCUCCCGAACUUCAAAAACCCCAUCCAUGUGAUUGACGGACCAGAGCAGCGCUAUUUUAUUGGCAUCAUUGACAUCUUUACUGUGUAUGGCUUCAAGAAAAGACUCGAGCACCUGUGGAAGAGGCUGAGAUAUCCUAGACAAACAUUCUCAACUGUCAGUUCCCCGGUUUACUGUCAAAGGCUAUGCCAGUGGGUAGUGGACCAUACCAGGUAGACUGUGAUGGAGAUUAUAAUGACUGGAAUGUGCUGACAUGCAUGAUAUACUGUUAUACCAGCACUGAUUUAUGAGUAAACAAAAUUUCUGCUUUUUUUAAAACUUAAAGAAAACACACAACUGGUAAAAGAAAUUGCAUUUGUUCAAAUAGCUGUAAUAAUAAUAACAAUACAACUAAUGAGGUGUGGUUCAAAAUAUUAACAGUGUAGGCACUAAAUCUCAUAACAGAAGAAAACAGGGUAAAAUUUUACCCUACGUUGCAGCCAAAAUAGAGAGUUUAAUGUGAAAUUAUGUUUUUCAUUAAAAUGAUUGACACAUGCCACUCUUGACCAGUUAGAACAGGAAGGGUUGACUGGAACACGCCAGAAUGAAUUUUGUAUGCAUGCAUGCUUGUGUGUGUGUGUGUGUGUGUGUGUUUACAAAAAAUUUUUUUGUUCAUGUCACAUAAAUCAGCUACUUAACUCCAAUGAAACCUUGUCAGAACCAUGCAAGUAUCCAGCAUUAAAUAUACUAAGUACACACAAAAAAGACUUGCUUUGCAGUGUAAUAAAAGAGUUACAUAUUUCA